UCUGCAUUUCAUUUCAGAAGUUAUUUGGACAAGAAGCAGCAAUGGUGCUGUUUGUAACAGUUCUGUUUCUAACAGUGGUAUCUCUUUUACACGAUGGAACCUGUUUCUCAGUUUCCCCAGCAGAAAGAAGUUUCGCACCAAGUAAUACAGGGCAAAGAAGAGGCAUCUAUGGACCCCCUGGGCUAAUGAAAGUUGCUAAUGAAGGUGGAUCUUCAGGCUAUGCUGCAAAACCAUCAAGUUCUUCAAACCCAAUGAAUCCUUUCCUAAGUCUCAGACCCUUUCUUCCAGUGAAGCCCACAUUCUUUCCCCCAGUGGUAGACCCAAACAUUUUUAUCAACAAGAAAGCUCAGAUGCUUGACAGUUUAUUUUCAUCUUCUGCUAUUACCGACUUUGUUCCUAAUGCUGGAGUUUCUAAUUCAGCAGAUAUGACUGCAAAUGAUUCUCCAAUGCCUCAGACAUCAGAAGUUAAUCCUAAAGACUUCAUUAACUCAAAAACUGAAUUUCUAAGUAAUCUUUUUGAUCAGUUAUCAUCAAAUGAUGGACUUCCCUCUACAGUACAGAGAGAUUUAAUCAGAGCAUAUGAUGACACUCCUUCUAUACAACGCCGUGUAGUUCCGGGCCCGUCACCAUUUUGGGGGCCCAUCCUUAGUCCAACAGAGAAGAUAAAGCUCUUCACAGACAAGAAAACACAAUUCCUGGAUAAGCUUUUUACAAGUAUUAGUGUUACACCACAGCCAGAAACAGACAGUGCAAAUGUCCUAGAUGAAACCAGCACAACAGUGAAACCAACAAUAGUGCCACCUGACUUCUGGAUUCCACAGUACAAGAAACCUGGAACAAUGCAAACAAGAGCAAUGCCUGGUUCAGUACAGCAAAGUAUCGCUCCUCAGCCACCACUGUCAUGGAAUCCAUUAAUAUCACCGAUGGCAAAAGCUUAUUCAGAUAAGAAAACAGAUUUUCUAAACAAACUUUUUGCCAAUGUAGUACCUUCACCAGAGGCAUCACCACAAAUGGGUAGUGCUUUUGAUACAAUAAACCCUACUAUAAAACCAACAAUAGUACCACCAAGCUUUUGGUUACCAGCAUAUAAGAAAAGUAGUCCCACUGCUGAAAAUGAUAUUGCCGUUAACAAUCCAACAAGUUCAGUUAUUAAAGAAAGCGAUGCUGUUUUGCCAUUUCCCUUUGCACCCCUUGUCAAUGGUGCACCAGUUUUCAGUCCAACCUAUUUCAUCACUAAAAAGAAUGAGUUUCUAGCAAAGCUUUUCCAGACCCUUAAUACAACAAACCCUAGUGCAACAGGAUACUCUGGCAGUGGUGUAGAUACAACUGCAUAUCCAUACUUCUUGGCUCAGCUCUUCGAUUACCUCAAUUAUUCUAAUACUGGUAAAGACAGUGCAUACUCAUCUCCCAAACGUCACUCUCCAGACUCUGAGAAAAUUAGAGUGAGUGAUUUAGAGAAAUUCCUGAGAAUCAUCAGUGACAACUCUGAUAGUGAAGGAAGCUCAACAACGGAUCUUUUCAGUGAAAGAAGUGUUACCAUGGCUGACCCUGUCAAUAUCCAAAAUGCAAAAGACAUGUUUGUGAAUAACAUUCUUGGUGAGCUAGCAAACAUCAAGAAUAGUAUGUUACAAGCUGCCAGUGAAGUAGUACAACAGCAGAAAUUAGUAAGCACAUCUCCAGCUUCAGGGAAGAAACCUGGAACCACAUAUGGGUCACCAUACAAGAUGUGGGGAAAAGCUGCUGCAGGAAUGCCAACUGCUGAUCCUUUACAGCCAUUUGUAACAAAAAUGACAUACCUCAGCCAUCUUUUUGAUACACUGACACAACUUGAGAAGAAUAUGACAUCAGCAAUUGAGCAGGAGGCUGCUUUAGGAGCUCAAAAGAGCACUGACAAUGAAGUAAUAUCAAACAAUAGGAGAGGUUUAAGUGGUGGUGUCACAAAUAGUGACUUGGCAGCAUUACAACUUUGUGGUGCAAAUGGUGAACUUCCACUAACUGAAUUAACUUCUCUAACAAAUGAACCCGCGACUGCUGAUACUUUGACAAGUGACAAUCUUCUAAAUAAAAGCAAGAAAUUGUUUUGUCAUUUGCUAGCAAAAGCAGGAGCAGGGAAACAAAAAGGAAAUGGUGUCCCAUCUACUGAGCCAGUAGCACGAAGCAUCAAAAUGGCAGUUCAUCAAGGUUAUCAGAGUCUGCCCCCUGGAACAGAGGAGUUAUUGCAAGCAGGAGGAGGUGGAGGCGGUGAGACACAGAACCAGGAAGGAGGUGGCCUGAAGUUGCAGAUUAAAGUGCCAGCAUAGAUAUUCUGGAGUUCUUCACCUGUGGGAUAGUUGUCAUUAAGAUAAACUACUUAUAAGAAGCAAAACUCAUUGAAAGCAAAAGAUGGUUGAAAGAUGAAAUCAAACUCUUCAACAGUUGCAGAAAGAGUUUAUACAUUAAUGUUAAAUGGAAGCAUCCUUCCGUUAUAAUUAUGGAGAAAAUAUUAAAUAAUAACAGAUUUCACAAUAAUGUUGAAUUGCAAAUAAAACACAUCUAUGUAGCAUAAUCCUACAAUCAUAUAUAAUGAAAAUUCAUUACAAAAGAUUUGUUUAUUUUGCCUGUAAAGAAAAUUAAUCAUUUCCAUGUCCCUUUUCAGAGAAUAUAUAUUUUUAACAAAUAA